AUGUCCUAUAACUCCACAAACUAUUGGAGUUCUUCCCCGAGCCGUCCUGACAGCGACAAUCCAUUCGAGAAAUAUAAGGCUCAGAGGAAUUCAGGUAGCUCAAACCUGGGGUUCAGAGCCCGGAAAAGGGGAUAUGGGAUUAAUAAGGCCCUAAAGGUCUUGGGUUUGUUGUUUGUGUUUGGAGUCCUCGUGGUUGCGUGGAAAGGGUACACAGGGAACCUCUACGGCUAUGGUCUAGGCUCACUCGAUGCCAGUGGGGAGCAUACAGCAAUCAAAAAUGCAGGAUCGAUAACGGACCUUCUCGCUGAGAAGGCAGCGGCAAGAGAGCGGUUACUCGCAAGUAAAGGGAAUGUGCAGAUAGGGAAGGAAAAGGCUUCAUUGGUGAUGCUUGUUCGGAACCGUGAGCUCAAAGAUGCACUCACAGCGAUGAAGCAGAUAGAGGAUCGCUUUAACCGCAAUUACCACUAUCCAUGGACCUUCCUCAAUGACGAGCCAUUCACAGAGGAGUUUCGAAAUCACACCACUCGCAUGGCAUCGGGCGCCACCGAGUAUGGAUUGAUCCCGGAGGAAGAAUGGAGUAUGCCCGAAUGGAUAUCGGAGGAUAAGUUCCAGGAGACAAUCAAGUGGAUGUCCGAGAAGAAUGUCAUUUACGGUGAUUCACGGACUUAUCGCCAUAUGUGUCGUUAUAACUCGGGUUUUUUCUGGAGGCACGAGGCAUUGAAAAAAUAUGACUGGUACUGGCGGGUGGAACCGAGCACAAGCUUCUACUGCGACAUGAAUUAUGAUCCGUUCACGUUCAUGCGCGAGAAUAACAAGAAGUACUCAUUCGUCAUAUCACUUCCAGAAUAUCGUGAGACCAUCGAAACACUUUGGUCAACCACACAGGAGUUCGCGAAGCUGCAUCCACAGUACAUUGCAAAGGAUAAUUCGCUGGGAUUUAUUACCGACGAUGAAGCUAGCAAAGGAAUCGAGGGCACCGAUUACAAUAACUGCCACUUUUGGUCCAACUUUGAAAUUGCCGAUCUAAACUUUUGGCGUGGGGAAGCAUACACCAAAUACUUUAAUUAUCUCGACAAAAAAGGCGGUUUCUAUUACGAACGAUGGGGAGACGCUCCGGUUCAUUCAGUCGCAGCCGCUCUAUUCCUCCCUAAGGAUCAAAUACACUUUUUUAGUGACGUUGGUUACAAUCACGUGCCAUGGUAA